AUGGAUUUUUAUUUUUUGUGGGGAGGGGGUGGGUUGUUUUGGGGGCCUUUUGGGGGGGGGGGGGGGGGGGGGGGGGGGGGGGGGGGGGGGGGGGGGGGGGGGGGGGGGGGGUGGGUUUUUCUUUUUUUUUUGUUGGGGAUGCGGGGGGGUCGUGGGGCGGAGGGGGGGGGGGGGGGGGGGGGGGGGGGGGGGGGGGGGGGGGGGGGUUGGGGGGGGGGGUUGGGGGUUUCUCUUUUGGUUUUCUUAGUUGUUUAUUUUUUUUUUUAUUUGGAGGUUUCUAUAUUACAGGGGUUUUGGGUUGUUUUGUUCUUUCGGCUCACGGGCUCCCCUUGGGGGUUAAACCCCGGGAGGACUUGUUUGGGGGGGUCUCCCCUCGCGUAG